AAGUACAAUCAAUUUUCCCUAUUCCGGUUUCUUAUUUUAAGGAGGACGUUUGUCGUUGAGGUCAAUCACGUCUUACUUGGAAAAUGUUUAGAAUAGCAGUAAGAGCUUCAAGUGCAUUGAAUAAUGCUGCCAGACAAUGCCUUAAAGAACAAUCAAAGGUUGUUACUGCUGUUCGCUAUAGCCAUGGGAAGCAAGAGACAGAUGAAGAAUUCGACACUAGAUAUCUCAAUUACUUGAAUCGUCCUGAUCUAGAUGGGUGGAUGCUUAGAAAGGCAAUGAAUGAUCUUACUGGUGAAGAUCUAGUACCAGAACCAAAAAUUAUCAUUGCAGCUCUAAAAGCUUGUAGACGUUUGAAUGACUACUCACUAGCAGUCAGGUAUCUGGAGUCUAUUCAGUGGAAAUGUGGCAAUUACAAGAAAAAAAUCUGGCCAUGGAUCCUUCAAGAAAUCAAACCAACUUUAACUGAGUUGGGUAUUUUGACACCAGAAGAAAUGGGUUAUGACAAACCAGAGUUGGCUUUAAAGAGUGUUUUUGACAUGUAGAUUAAAGACAGAGUCCUGUUUGUAAAUUUAUGGAAUCAAGUACUUCAGGAUUGGAUGAUUAAAAGAUGUUAUAUGAUUUCCAGACAGCCAAUGUUGUAUCAUGUGUCAAUAAAUAGUUUAAAAAUGGUCUUGUUGUAUACUUAAGUUUAACUAAUAAAAAUGAGUUGCUAAUGUU